AUGCCGCGUCACGUGGAUUUACCCGUCGAACUGUGGGAGCAGAUCCUAGAGAAUGCAAUACAUGUCCCCGUAUUCCUCGAUAGUAAUCCAAUCACAAUCCAGACAGCACCCAAGUACCCCCGACUUUUCAAUGAGCGCGCCUAUUGGGAAUCUGAACGUGUCCGCAAUGCUUUGCGGCGCGUUUGUGCAUCCUGGAACGCAUUUCUCAGCGCCUUUGAUCAUAGAUAUAUCCAUAUGGCAGACGUUAUUCACGGAAUCGUCCCAGUCCAGGCUUUACAGCGCGCAAUACGCAUCAGAUUUGAAGACGUACCUAUAAGUGAGAAGCGUGUGAGACGCGAAAUAUCUCUUUUAGUGGAAAGGAGCGACCUAGGCAUCUUCGAAAAUGGUCGAGCACUCCCGUGGAGGUUGGAGAUAAUGGAGACUACCUCGGACUUUGCUAUGUCCGCUCGAAUUAUACUUCCAAGCAAUCGACAUAUUAACAUCAAGUCCAUCACAGGAAGUUCGUAUGAUACUCUCUUGUUUUUAAUCACCAAAGGGGUUGAAGUGGCCCCUGGCCUUCUAUGGACUACCCAGCGCCAGCUGUUCACAUGGGGCGCGAUUCCCAACAAGCACUUUAGAAAUGUCAUCACUUUAGCAUUUACUACUGCAAGCCACGCUGACAUUGCUCUACCCGACUUUCCAGCACUCCGUCACCUCUAUGUCACCGCUCUAGUGGUCCCCGACCUGAAUAGGGCUCCUGCAUGGCUGAAGGCUUUUGGAAAGCAACUUCAUGUGCUCUACUGGCUCACAAGGUUCACAAGCGGCCCAAAGAUCGUGCUGAACUCCACCAUCUGGGAUCUGUGUCCACUUGUGGAGGUGCUCUCAAUACCUCCAAGAGUAGCCUGGACACCCCCACCAAAAGGACACCCAAUUCAUACUAUUGUCGACACCCCUUCGUUCACCAAAUGCCCUGGGCUGGUGUGUCAUCAGUGUAGUUCACAUCACGAUAUUAUCACCAUACCAAGCAUAUCAUUUGCGAGCUAUGCCGCAUCGGGGAUUCGCACCGUCAUUCUUUCUCCAAAGGAUGGCGAUAAACAGAUAUCCGACCUUGCCUCUCGGCUGUGGCUGAAAGAUGACACGAAUUGUCUUUUGAAACAGGCCUAUGAUCAUGGAAUUCGUCUUUUGGAUUCGAAUCUCGAGAUAUUCAGGACGAUGGCCGCAUUAUGUGGUGGCAAGGGACGACAAAUGCCUAGAAAGUGA